CUCCCCUUCCCGCAGCCACCAGACUGCGCUCCGCCUCUGCUCUCCUCCGGCCGGCGCGCCACCGCCCCUCGCCUCUCCAGCCGGAGCACACCCCCACCCCUCACCCCACCUCUCCCUACCAGCCGAAACCUCUUGCUUUGCCCCCACCUGACUCUCCUGGCCCGGCGCCCAGUCUGCCAUGGGAGGGCACGGACGAGGCCGGCGCGCCUCCAGCGGCUAGACGCGACCCCGCCUCUCACCGCUCUGCUCUGCUCCGCCCCAGGCCAGUCUUGAUAAUUUUGAAAUUUCUAUGGUGCAUUGCCAAAGAGUACUGGAAAAUUAAUGGCAAUCCGUCUCCUGGCGCGUCAAAAUCUGAUGAAGCUGGCUGCUUCCUUUACACUCCUUAAUCCAUCCCAGAAGAUACUAGUUUCACCUUCCCAUCUGGCUCUCGGACCUGAUGCUUUUUCCGCUAGCAAAUGCUUCAGCCCCUUCUACCCGUUUGUGAAUUCACCGAGUGUUCGAUGGGCUAGCUAUGAAUCAGUGAAUCUGGUUUUGUCCGACGAUGGGAAACCCAAGUUUGAGAUUGAGGAGGUGGAGCCUUCCAAAAAGGGGAGAUUUUUGACAAAGAGGCGUUUGAAGCUUCAGAGGAAGCGGGAAAAGAGGAAGAGGAAGGAGGCAAAUAAAAACGAUCCACGUCGUAUCAGACCCAAGGGGAAAAAAAUAAAACAGAAAUUUCCUACACCUGAAGCUCGGCUCAAAUACAAGAUCGAGAAGUCCAAAUUAAAAGAAGCGAUGUUGGUUGAGAAGCUAAAGAGGUAUGAGGUUGCGAAAGCUGAAGGGCCCGUCGCCAAACCAGACGAUCUUGAUGGUGAGGAAAGGUUUUAUUUGAAGAAAGUUUCACAGAAAAAGUCAAACUAUGUCCCGAUUGGAAGGCGAGGAGUAUUUGGGGGUGUAAUUCUGAACAUGCAUUUGCACUGGAAGAAACAUGAGACUGUCAAGGUCAUCUGUAAGCCCUGCAAACCAGGGCAAAUACAGGAGUAUGCAAAUGAAAUAGCUCGUCUGAGCGGUGGUGUCCCUAUUAAUGUUAUUGGAAAUGACAGCAUAGUCUUCUACCGAGGAAAGGACUAUGUUCAGCCAGAAGUCAUGUCACCAAUUGAUACACUGUCAAAGAAAAAGGCACUUGAAAAAUCAAAAUAUGAACAGUCACUGGAGACAGUUAGGCGUUUCAUCGCAGUAUCUGAAAAGGAGCUCGAACUAUACUAUCGGCAUGUUGCACUUUAUGGAAAACCACAACACCACAAUGCUGAUCUGGUCCAUGGUGAUGGUAACCAAGCUUCUUCACUGGAAAUGGAGGAAUUGAAUCAUGGAAUGGACCAAGGGCCUCAUCUGGCUAGGAAUGAUUUCUCUGAUGUUGACAUCAUGGAUACAUCCCAGUCUGAUGAAGAAUAUGAUUCUAGUAGUGAAUCUGAUGCCGAUGAUGUUGCGACUGGAGAUGCUGUAGACAGUUCUGAAGAUACUGAUGUUUCUGAUCAUCGGCUGUUCUAGAUAGAUCUGACAGUUCUGAAGACGACGGUGAUGUACUCAAAUCAUAAUGGGUGCAACGUGCAAGUGGGGCGUUACUGGCCCUAAGCCGCUAACCUGUCCUUGCAAACCAAGCUGAGUAAACACUACGGGGCCGACCGCAUCUGCUCAAGCAGGUUCAAGCUGCGUUGGCUGGUGGGCAUCCCACAUAUCAUGCAAGUAGAGUUGCUUGUCUCUCUCGGUGGAACCCUUGAAGGUAGCACUGGCAGCUCCAUGGCCUUUUUCUGCUCAGAAGCUACAUCCAGCAGCAGUGUUACCACCACCACUUGCAUCAUCUGCAAUGCAUCAUGUGAUGUUCUCCAUCGCCAAGGUAGCCAAAGAGCUUUUAGAUCUUGACCGGAUGUUUUCUGCAGGUCCGAUGUGUGCGGCAUGCCAAUAAUGAACCGAUGUUGCCCUUUGCUGGAUCCAAAGGUUAAUCAGAAUUCAUUGCAACGGUGGUCUGUUCAUGCACUUCAUCGGAUAGUGUUCGUCAUUGUGUGCAAAUGGUGGUCCGUGCGUUGGCACAGUAAUUUUGCUCCUCAUGUUUGCCUUCUGAUUUUAUUUCUAGAUCACUUAAAUUUUGGUAGCAGGGAAUUCAUUUUACCACGCCCUUCCAGGAUGAUACUAGUAUUACUGAACACUGCAUCCUGGAAGAAGAGUGGGCAAGCAGAGGCUUCGAUCUGAAUCAACAUUUUCUAGCGGGUCUGUCUGAAGCUUGUGUUUUGCUGAAGCUUUUGUUCGACGAAGCUUAUGAUGCCUGAUCGCAUUCACGCAAAACACUUCAAAUAAUUAUUUUCUUACAUGAGGAAAGCACUUUAAUUACUUUUUUAA